UCUUGUAUUGUACAUUAAACCGUUUUCUUCAUUAAUAUGGAUGACAUUGAUUUAGGGGUGACGGUGAACAGUCUGCAUCCAGGUAUUGUGAUGACGGAAGCCAUGAGGAAUUAUAACGUAAUUUUACGAUUCGUAUUUUAUAUCAUCGGAUUGUUCUUCUUCAAGGUAAGAACAAGAGUUCAGAGCUCUGCUUACACAGAGAUAGGUUGGUCACUGAGGUAUGUUGAUCUCACUAUACAGGGUGUGGUUUAUACAGAGUGAGGUUGGUCACUGAGGUAUGCUUGUAGCGGAGCCCUAGUCCUAGCAGGGACUCUUCUCCACUGGAUCCACCAAAGUAUAACCAGGAACAAUAAGCAGCCAAGGAAUAUCCCACCUCCUUCCCAGAGACUGGACGACACACAUUUCUGGGAGUACAACUGAACUUUAUUGUCACAUACAUGGCUUUUAUGCCCAGUCCCACGAAAGGGGUUUCACAUACAAUAAUGCAGGGAUUUCAAUCCCAGGAUCCUCUGUGCCUGAGAGAUAAUUGCCUUAGAAAACUCCUCUAAUUUAAUUAUCUCCCAAGUACAGAAGAUCCAACAAAAUAUCCUGUACCCCAAAAAGUACCUCAACCAUACCCAGGAACCCCAAACUCCAUAAAAAGUACAUUCCCAGAUAGCCCCGAUCUGAGUGUCCAACAUAUCCAAGAAUCAUUCAGAUUGGUUUGGCAGAACGGGAAUGCCACCGUGGUAAACUUUUGAUCGGCCAGACACGAGGCACUAGCCCAAAACAUUUCCAGAGAAAUAGGUGUUCUUGCCAGUCUCAGUUCGUGAGGUACCCGUGCGAACACCAUACAAAGCAAUCUCUUAUUUUCAGGUUACAAAUGCUCCCCCUGUUUGGUAGUUCAUAUCCCUUGAACGUUGUUCGUGUAGGUGGUCGAGAACUGGAACAGGCAGUGGUCUAAGGUUUACCUAGCCGAAAAAAGUUCCAGGCACUCAAUGACCACGUACUGCUGUCCACGUUCGGGAGACAAGAUGGCCGCCAUUCUCUCUGCCAUAUGUUCUGUUAUGCCCAGUCCCAUGCAAGAGGUUUUACACACAAUAAUGCAGGGGUUUCAAUCCCAGGAUCCUCUGUGCCUGAGGGAUAAUUGCCUGAGAAAACUCUUCUAAUUUUAUUAUCAGUCAGGUACAGAAAAUCCAACAUCCAAGAAAAACUAAACAAGGAUUGUAAAAAGAGUACCAGAUACCAGAAGCCAUGGUCAGACAUCAGAACAGAGCAGAGCAGUUCCUGACAGUGGUCCUCAUUUGGGAGACGAAAGGAUUCCGUGUGUAUGAAGUCUCCCGAAUGGAAAUAUACAAAACACACAAAACAAAAGGGGGCAAACAUAUGAAAGGUGUCAGUUCUGUAACCGCAGGUGGUUCCCUUAUUUACCACUACAAUGUCUUAAAGCAUAGAACUUAGUAGGGCUAACCACACAGAUAUCUUAGCCAUAAUUUUAUAUAGUCAGUAAGAGAUCCUCUAUUUAACAUAUAUAAAUUAUUGAGAAUACAAUAUAAAAUAAGGAUUGUCUUGGAAGCAAUGACGUUUUGUCUUUUUGAUAUUUAUUUUAUAAAAAUAUAAAUAUAGACAUAUAAAAUCCAUUAUAGCAGAGUUUAUAAGAUUAAAUUACAUGCUUGCAAAUAUCAUUAAUAGGUUAACAUACCCUUCUGAACAUGUCAUCGUGUCAGCCUCUCUGUCAUUUUAAGAAGGAGCAGCGUCUGUCUCCAAGUCUCUCCUCUGUGUCUUAACAUUUACCUUAGGUGUCUCCAUUUUAGGGUUACCGUAGUUCAUAUAUGAAAAAGUAACCCUUCUUUUACUUUAUUCAUUUUAGGACCUCCCUUAACUUGGCAAACAUACAAGGCCAUAACUAAAGGGUGUAUACGUCAUGGAAAUUUUCCUGACUUAGUUCAAGAUGGCAUCUUAAAUUCUGAAUAGGUUAUCUGUUGUUUAUACUAAGACGUAAGUGUACAGUCGUGGGAGAUUCCCGGAUUUGGGGAAGUUCCAUUAACUUGAGGUUACAACAGUAUAUUGUGUAGUGCAAGAGUCAUAGUAUAGCCUUGAUGCUUGUUUAUGCAUUAUUGUUAUUGUAAUUCGUCUGGGACAAAAUGGCGCAAACAUAUUAUGCACUGGGGUUAUUGCUUAAAGAAACAGUUAUGAAAAACAAUAUGUUCCAUUUCUAACACCUUGUCAAUUUGCAAUAUCUCUUAAAGACAAAGUACACAGUUUAAGAAAUGCAACAUUUAAUUCUAAAACUUGUAAUAUUUGCAUUUGCCCAUAACAGUUCUGCCACAGGGGGGUACGGACAGCUGAGAAAGGGGAAUAAAAGUGUCUAGCAAGCGUCUCUUCAGCUACAAGCUGACAUUCACUAUACCGGCACGAUUUAUAGAGUGUGAGGUUGGUCACUAAGGUAGAACAGGGAACAGCAAAUACAAGGUGCGCUAAGUGGAACAAAUGAGAGAUAAUAUAUACAGAAAGAGGGAAGAACAAAAAAAAAAAAGUCUCUGAAAAUGCAAUGUGGACCUUGGAUAGGUAUUCUUUGGUUCUUGAUUGGGUCCUCAGUAGUUGAUAUGAAAAACAAAAGCAAAGACAGGGAGGAACCAAUAGUGCAAAACCGUGCAAAACCAAUAGUGCAAAACACAGAAAUAGAGAAGUGCCAACUCACAAUAUACAGAGCUAUGUCCAGUGGUACUUUUAUUUUAACAAAAUCAUAAAAACACAGCCUAUUUUUGGGGAAACGCGUUGUGUUUUUAUGAUUUUGCUAAUAUAAAAGUAUUUUUAGACUACCUAUCUUUUUUAUCCAGUUUUAUCCUGGCUGAUUUUAUAUUACUCUAAAGAUCCAGUACUACAAAAGAAAUCCUAGGUGGUGAUUAUUCCCCUCACACCUGGUUCAUUGAGCAGUGUGGCUGCUCUAUACACUGUAAGUAUGUUUCGUUUUACCUUUUACUUCUAUUUUAUCUACUGAGAACACUAUGGGCCCUCUUUUGUGCUUUUUUCUUUCAUAAGUCCUGCAUUACAAAUAUCGCUAGAAGAAUAUCCUACAUGUGGGGAGUUUAAAUACCACUGGACAUAGCUCUGUAUAUUGUGAGUUGGCACUUCUCUAUUUCUGUGUUGUCCGUGACACCAUCUCCUAACGGUUUUGCACUAUUGGUCCCUCCCUGUCUUUGCUUUUGUUUUUCAUAUCAACUACUGAGGACCCAAUCAAGAACCAAAGAAUACCUAUCCAAGGUCCACAUUGCAUUUUCAGAGACUUUUUUUUUGUUCUUCCCUCUUUCUGUAUAUAUUAUCUCUCAUUUGUUCCACUUAGCGCACCCUGUAUUUGCUGUUCCCUGUUCUCCCAGAUUUGUUGAAGGGUUUGAGGGUUGCCCUUCCCCUUAGGUGUGCAGCUCCAGCCACCCCUGUGAUUAGUACUGUAGGGCUGUUCCACCCCAAUUUUUUCUGUUACUGGUCACUAAUAUAAGUUGACGUUCACUAUACAGGAUGUUGUUUAUUCAGAGUGAGGUUGGUCACUGAGGUAAGAUGACGUUCACUAGACAGGCGCUGUAUAUUGAGAAUGAGGUUGGUCAUUAAGUUAAGUUGACAUUCACUAUACAGGGUGCUGAUGUAGUGGGCUCCGAGUAACCAGACUCGUUACCUCUGCUAGUUCUCCUCUCAGCCAGACUAAAACCGUUGUGUGAUUAAGCUCGUAUCCCCCCAGUAACUAGACAAGACAUAAUUCUGAGAGUCAUCUGGUUUAUUCAGGCCAAACACUCUCAGUUUAUACGCAGACCCCCAGCAGGGGGUCUCCAUACAGAAACAUAGCAAGCCACUCCCAGGCAUCCCUGUGUCUGGGAGAUAAUUGAGUCAGAAACUAUCAUUCAAUUAUCUCUCAGUUACAGGGAAACAUAUAGUAUUUAUACAACAAAAGUACCCCCAAUAUUAACAGGAACCCCAAAAGAGUCAUGUGGCGGACCCACUACCUGUCCCUGAUUUGCCUGUCUUUACAUUGUGUGUGUUUUCCCCAUUCUUUUGUUUAUUGUGCCGACUCACCAUUCGGGAGGUCUUCCACGAAGGGAAUCCAUUCACCCUCCAAACGGGGACCGCCCCAAUCCCUCAUUUGGAAUGUUAGGAUAGAAUGUUCACACAACCUAAGUGUCAAACCGCAAACUGCAAAGAGAAACAAUUAAUGAGUGCUUCCCCCAGGCGGUCGCCAUUCAUACAGGCGAAUGCCACCAGGGAGAGCAUUUGUGGAACGUUCACACCAAAUAAUCAGAAUGUUCGCUCACCCCAAAAGGAGAUGCUUCCCUUGUCUGGGUUUUACCCCAGGACCUCGCGAAUGGAGCUUAGUCAGUUGAGGGGCCGAGGCAAGGGUCCCUGAGGUUAGUGUGGGCACUUUUGGGGUACUGGCGAGUUUGGCGGGCUCUGAGGGAGAAAAAGACCAUCUCUUUUCCCACAGGCGGGCUUUUCUAUGCUUGGGAGACAAAGGGACGGUCCCUUUUUUCCACGCUGAGACUCCCAGACACCGAGGCUCUUGGGAAGAAGACCCCUGGUGGUUGGUGUGGGAAUCUAUGUGAGUUUAGUGGCAGGCUUUGGGGACAAAGAGGACAGAGUCCUUUCCAGCGCUAGGGACCCAGGGAGGGGGAGGAUCCUGGGAGGCGACCUUGUAGGUUUUGUUUUAUCCACUCCUUGCAGGUGGUAUGCAUAAAUUGUGUCAUACCUCCUGGACUGUGUGUUGACCUGUUACUGCAGGGAAAAGUGUCUAUUUGUCCUUUACAUGGUUCCUGACCGGCUGAAGGAAGGGAAUUAGUGGAGGUUGUAACAGGACUGCCGCUGAACUGUUAAUUUCCCUGGUUUCCUUGUUGUGUGUGUACUGUCUUGGCCUCCAUUUCAUGUAUUUUCCCUAUUGUGCUCCUGUAGUUUACUCUGUGUGUUCGUCUAAACUGCCUGCUCCCCGUUCGGGAGGACCGCCAUGAAGGGAAUCCAUUCACCUCAAAAACGGAACCACCUUGAAACCUCAUUUAGAAUGUUGUUUUAGAACGUUUGCACCUUGUAAAGAGGUGUAAAAACCGCAAACCGCUAGGGAAGCCUUGGCUCGUGCCUUCCCUGGGUGGAAGCCUCGUUCGUUAGACGAAUACCAUCCAAGGGGAGCAUUCAUGAAUUGCUUCCCACCUGUCAAGCCGCCACACACUAAGGGGAAUGCUGCCGAUCUCUUACCUGCCUUAUUGCCAUAUCGCGGUCCAGUGGCAUUCCCACGUGGUUAUGGGAAUGCCGCCCAUCACUCAUAUGGUGGUGGCUCCUCCUCCUCCUCUCACAGCGGUCGGGUCUGAAACAUUAGAGACUUUAAGGGUUUUUCUAUUUAACCCUUAAAGUGCCAGAUCAAUUUUAUCAUGUCACGCCCAUGAUCACGUGCUUCCCUGCAGCCAAUCAGGGAGCACCUUAGACUAUAAAAGCCUGCUUUGUCCAUUUCUCUGUGCCCUGUCAUAGUUUCCAUUGUGGUUAUCCGAGAGCACGUUCCUUGUAUUGAUUCUUGUGUAUUUGACCUUGGCUUCCCUUCCAACUAUUCUGAUUUCUCCAUUCCUUGACUUGUGGCUUGUUCCUCGUUUCCAUUAUUUCUACAUCUUGUCCUUGUCCUGUCUUGUGUUUUUUUCCUUUAUACGUUAAAUCCGGCCAUCCUGAGGCCCGGUAAUAUGUCUUAGGAAUUUUCUUUAUAUUUAAGUUCUGCAUGUUGGGCAUCAAGUGCCCCUUGGUGUGUUUGCACCAAUUAAAACGUUGGCAACUCGCAACAUAAGUGUGAAACCGCAAGAGAAGUAAUUAAUGAUUGCUUCCCUGGGUGGCCGCCGUUCAUAUAGAUGGACGUCGGCCAUUGGGAGCAUUCGUAUCCUGAAUGGGGAUGUUUCCCUAGCCGGAUUUCACCCAGGCACCCUGCGAACGGAGGCUGUUCAUGGCGGUUACCGUUCUGGGUGUCCCUGAGAUUGGUGGGAACACUCUUUGGGGACAAUGGCGGUUUGGCAAGCUUUCUGUAGCUGGGAGCCAAAGAGGUGGCCAGCUUUCCCGUGCUGGAAGGCUCCCAGGUACAGAGGCUCAUGGGAUGAAGACCCCUUGUCACCGGAGGUGAGAGAUGGGUGGCAGGAACAGGGGACAAAGAGACUGGAGUUCCGUUUCCGUCAGGAGACCCCUGGGAGGGGAUACAGUGGUGGGAACAGAGGACAAAGGGACUGUGGUUCUGAAUCCGUUAUACGACCCCUGGGAGGGGGAGGACCAUCGAAGGGGACAUGGUCUUUAUGUGUGAUCCACCCCUUGCAUGGGGAAAAGUAUAAAGCCGAGUGUGGCUAAUAAAGUUGUUGUUGUACCCCUGGUCCAGUUACUGGGGGGAAAUGGGUGUCUUCAUUUAUUAAUAGCGGAGGUAACCAACCGGGUUACCCAGGGUCCGCUACAACUGAUGGUAAGCGGGAUCCUACGUCCCUGCCAACAGACCCAUGGACUAUUAUUCCCUAAAAAGGGAAUGUUAAGACACCCCUGGUGUCUUUAAGAGAAACCGCUGUGUAGUUAACCUUUCCCUUUCGCAAUAUCAAUAACUCUGUUCGCAUAGACUGUAGUAUACGAACCACCAUCAGGGGAAGCGGUAAUCUCCCGACCGGGAUCCGUGAAAGGCUCCAAACUCCCGAACGGAAAUCCACGAACUGCUGCUAGCCACCGAACAACGAUAUCCACCAAGCGACUUUUAGUUCCAAUAAUCAGUCUCUAGGCGCAAAUAAUAAAUCCCCCCCAAUAACGAGACAGAAGCUCCGCAUUGAGGGUCAAAACAGGAUCUGGCUUUACUGUGGGCUACCUGCCCGUAUUUAUGCAGGUCUCCCACUUGGUGGACACUCCCCUAGGGGACCAAAUGGGAGACUGAAAUGACAGAUAGACAUGGGGACAUUUCAGACAAACAGAUGUAACCUUUUCCCACAAUGCAAUAUGGUUUCCUCCCCUCUGCCCUGGAGAUAAUUGAGAAGUAAUUCAAUUAUCUCCAGGACAAAGACAAAUCGCCAUCUUAAAUAAAAUGCCAGAAAAUACAUAACUUUAUAAUAACCGAACAUUUCACAUUCGCAUCACAUAUCCCCAGAUAGCCUGGAUCUGAGUGCAUAUUAUUAGCGAAUAGCGCUCAGAUCCCACACACAUAGUUCAAUCGCCAUGGAGUCAAAGUUCUUACAGUCUUUCGGUAUGCGAUUGACUCCAUGGGAAGGCUAUCUGAGUUAAGUCCUUUCGUGUGUUGUAAAACUCCCGAACGGCCGGUAUUCGUACGCUUUCGUCGAGGCAGCUAGGUGACCUGUUGUUUCAGCGGUGUUCGGGAGAAAAAGUGUCAGUUUUUAGUUCCAUGAAAUCAGUGCCGAACACCGCUGGGCUUUCGUGUGUUUUAAAAUGGCCGCUGCCUCGUGGUCGACAUACGAACAACGGCCACAAUGAAUUUGGUUUAAUUGGGUUAACCACAACGUUCUAAUUGGGAUCAAGAGGUUAACCAGCAGCACACUUCUAUCCUGGGUGGCCAUCCGUUUGGUAGAUUUGUUCGGUGAAAACAGUCAUUCGCAUGGCUGGGCUAUAGAAACAGCCAUUUACACGAAAGGGGGCAGAAAUAGACGAAUCCACCACAAUAGACAGUCAGAUAAUCAUCUGUCACAGGUAAACCCUACAAGACUUACUGGAAGCGAGAGGGAAAUCAGCCGGUUGCCGAUCUAAUGGAGGACUACCAGCUAAGAAAUGAAGCGGCUGCCCACAGCUAGAGGGUGAAGAAGGAGCCUUUGACAAGGCAAUACGACAGCACUUGGCCCUAUACAAAGAGACUCCCUCAGUCUCCCUGCCUGCUCCAGAUCAUGCAGGUCACAUAGUCGCUCAAAAUCUUGUAGAUACCCAUCAAUCUCAUCGUUAUCAUCGCAAAAUGCUUUAAAAGCAUGAUGUGGUAUCUUUGGCUUUACCUGGCUGAUGAUUGAAGCAGCCAUAGAUUCUGUUUUGGAGGGUGCGUCUUGCGGUCUGUGUGCCAUCACAUACUCCUGCACAUCCGCCAUCAGUACCGUCAGUAUUUCCGGUGGUACUGGCUGAGGUAGGAAUUCCAUCCUGGUCCUCAUUUCUUUUUGGAAGGGAGUCUCUUCCAUGGCUGGUGGGGGUGUAACACUGCGAGCUCUGUCUCCCUCCAUCAGUUCGGCAAUAAGCACAGCUUGUGGCUUAUUGCUGGCUGUCUUACCCCUGGCUUCUAAUAGUUCCUUCAAUGUCUGCUGUUUCAAAGCAGUGUAAUCUGUCUCCAUUCACCUCUGCAUUCGGUUCUUUGCUGUAUACAAAUUGCCAUUCACCUUCCUGUUUGGUAGUUUAAAUUACCCGAACACCGCUUUUUAAGGUUGGAUCCCGUCGCUUGCCACCAAUUGGAGCUGCAAGGUUAAAACACAAUAUCUCCGCUGGUACAAAUAAUCAUCCAACUGAAGCGCUGGAAAUGAAGGCAAUAUCCCAAAUCCCCCAGUAACCGGAUGAAACACAGUUCUGGGAGUCAACUGACGAUUUUAUUCACAAGCUCCAGUAUUUAUGUGAUUCCCCAUGCAAGGGGUUUCCUUAGUCACUUUACAGGGGUAUUACAGUAGAGGACUACAUGGGGAACUGAAUAUACAGAGCAUUUCUCCCACCAUGCACUGCUGUACGUGAGGGAUACUCCCACUAGAAUAUCCUGUUAAAUGGAUUAUCCCUCCGUACAGCAGAACUGACUUUUUACAUAAAAAUGCAUAACUUUAAUAUUAUACAUAGGAUUAUGCCGAAUGACCGUUCGGUAGAUAGCUGGGGAUUGAGCGCACACUUUGUGAAAGUACCGCUCAGAUCCCAGCAUAAAUAACCAAACGCCGCACGAAACAUACUUUACUUUACAUUCCUCUAAAAAAUACCGAAUAUAUAAUGGGGAAUAAAAUACCGAAGGACCAGUGCUCCCGAACGGCCUGGAAGUCCAACGGUGUUCACGCCAUCGAGUAGCCGAUUUUGGUUCCAGGCACUUGACGACCAAACACCGCUGGGCUAACAAAGGAUCCAAGAUGGCCGACCGCCGCGUGGUCGGUAGCCGAACGACGGCCACCCGGGAAAGUAAUUAACCGCCGAUUGCUACACUGUUGAAAUCGGUUAAUGGGAGCCACACGACCCUAUGUGUGUGGGCUCCCAUUUGGUACUUUAUUCGUUUCACGAACAGUGAGUAAAGUCACUGUUCGUGAAACUACCAUAUGAAUGCUAGCGGCUUUCGGCUGUUAGCAUAUGAAUGAUCUCAAUUACAGCAAUACCCGAAUACAAUCAUACACAGAAUAAAAACAGCUUUUGUCAGACAACCUUCAGAUUUUGAACAGUGCGACCUAAAGUGGCUAAGUUUGCCACAUGCACUGACAGUCACACACUCACUGAUAGAUGCAUACACUUAUUGACAGACACACACUCUCAUAUACACUGACAAACAAUGACAAACACACACUCACUCGACGUGUGUGUACGACUUCACCAUUCACUACAGACCCGGUAAGCAAAAUGGGAACACUGAUGGGUUGUCCAGACAGGCGGUCCUAGAGAAGUGAUCCGUGAGCCCUUCCCUGGUCAUCCCCAAGAUGAUCUGUUGGAAACAGACCAUGUAUGCCGGCUAGUGGUUAAGGGGGAGCUGUGUGGCGGACCCGCUACCUGUCCCUGAUUUGCCUGUCUUUACAUUGUGUGUGUGUUUUCCCCAUUCUUUCGUUUAUUGUGCCCACUCCCCGUUCGGGGGGUCUUCCACGAAGGGAAUCCAUUCACCUACCGAACGGGGAAAACCCCCAAUCCCUCAUUUAGAAUGUUAGCAUAGAAUGCUCACACCUUGCAACCUAAGUGUCAAACCGCAAAGGGAAACAAUUAAUGAGUGCUUCCCUGGGUGGUUGCCAUUCAUACAGGUGAACACCACCAGGGGGAGCAUUCAUGGAUUUCCCGCCCUGUUCGUCUUACAUACGAGGGCCUUGAGUGGUUGAAGAGAACCUAAUUAUCUCCAGGGAGAGAAAAACAUGUCCUUUUUAUAUUUUAACAAAUUUUAUUAAAAUCCAUAACUUAUAUUUCGCUGAACGUAGUCUCCAUGUUCCGCAUACCCCCAAGUAGCUUGGAUCUGAGCGCACAAUAUAGACGAAUAGCGCUCAGAUCCCACGAACACAGUUCUCAAUAUCGUCGAGUAAAGUUUUUAGUUCACGGGUUGUUCGGGAUAUUGAAUCCAAAAAGAGUUCCAUGACUGCAGCUACCUGGGGUCGGUCUAUCCUGUAUAGUCGGAAAGCCGUAUGAACGGAAACUUGGUACGCGUCAGCGGUGUAUGGCUGAAUAAGUGUCCAAAAAUAGUUCCAGAGGAUCGACGACCAUCUACCGCUGAGCGUUCAACGACUUUAAAAUGGCGACCAUCACGUGUUUGGCAAACGAACGUGGACCAACAAGCCUUUCAUCAAUUACCUUGCGGUUAACCGCAAGAUCUGGGGGGUAAAUGAGCUGCACACGACCUCUUGGGAGGUCGGAUGGUUCGGUAGUUUGUCCGGUUUAUUAAAAACUACACGAAUUAGCCAUACACACGAAUAAUUAGAUGAAGUGCUGUUUCUCUGAGUCUGUUCAAACAGAGAUUUUGUUACAAACGUUCACACCAAUUAAUCAGAACGUUUGAACUCGCCAUAUAGGUGUGGAACAGCAAGGAAGGGAAGUAAUGCUUCCCUGGGCAGCUGCCGUUCACAAAGACGAACAGCAGCCAGGGGGAGCUUUCAUACUCCAAAAAGAGACGCUUCCCUUGUCUGGGUUUUAGCCCAGGACCUCGCGAACGGAGUUUAGUCAGUUGAGGGGCCGAGGCAAGGGGCCCUGAGAUUGGUGUGGGCACUUUUAGGGCACUGGAGAGUUUGCCGUGCCCUCAUGAGCCUGAGGAACAAAGAGACGAGCUCUUUUCCCGCGACGGGCUUUUCUGUGCCUGGGAGACAAAGGAACGGUCCCUUUUUCCCGCACUGAGGCUCUUGAGAUGAAGAGCCCUGGCGGUUGGUGUGGGAAACCUUGUGACUUUAGUGGCGGGCUUUGGGGACAAAGGGGACAGAGUCCGUUUCUGCGCUAGGGACCCAGGGAGGGGUAGGAUCCUGGGAGGCGACCUUGUAUGUUUUGUGUGAUCCACCCCUUGCAGGGGGUUAUGCAUAAAAGCCAUGUGUGGCCAAUAAAAUUGUGUUAUACCUCCAGGACUGUGUGGACGAAAUGGCGGCGACUCAGGGUAAGUGAUCAUUAAUUUUUCCCUUGCGGUUUCGCACUUUAAGGUUAACUGGUGUUAAGGUUCUAAUGAGGUACAGGGGUGGUCCUCGUUCAGGAGUUGAACAAAGUGGGUUUGGCUACAAUAACACCCGAAUGUAAGUAAAGAAGAAAUAGCCGAAAGGCACAGUACGUUCUGCCACACUGAUUAUAGAGAGUGAGGUUGGUCACUGAAGUGAGUUGAAGUACACUAUACAGGGGGUGGUUUACACAGAGUAAGGUUGGUCACUUAGGUAAGUUGACGUUCACUAUACAGGGUGCUGAUUAUAAAGAAUGAGGUUGGUCAUUGAGGUAAGUUGACAUUCACCCAGUACAGGGUUGUUUUCAGGCAGAGAAGUCUAGUGGUUGGAGUAAAUUGACAAAUUGACAUUUUGACAUCAUACCACCUCAAUCCUUCCUUAUCAUUCUGUGUUGUUUGUCCUACCCAUCCAUCCCCCUCCAGUCCAGUUCUAUUGUGUUUAUGCUCGAUUACCCAUAUGCUUUGUUUCCCUGGUCCCGCUCUAGACGGCAGAAGAUGGCGCUGCCAGCACUCUAUACUGUGCUGUGUCCGAGGAGAUGGAAGGGAUCACAGGAAAGUACAUUGACAGUUCCUCCACGCUGACUCUGCCGUCUGACACUGCUCGGGAUCCGGCUGUGGCCAAGAAACUGUGGGAGGCGUGUGAAUCGGCCACGGGCUUGCAUGGCGGCCACUGAACCUUACCAAGACAUCAGACCUAGCCAUUUCUCUCACAAACCAAUGAAACAAAUAAAUAGUAUAUCAUAUCCUUCUGAAAAAAAACUCUACUGCCUUGUGAGACCUACAAUAUCUCUUACUUCUCCAGUCUCUCAUUUUAUUACUAAUUACAAUAUUUUACUAAACAGUGGAAUUAUCCAGAUAUAACUGAGCUUAAUAUCAAGAAUAACAGCAAUGAAAGCUGUCAAACCAAUGCAGGAAUGUUUUUAUUUAUCUCAUGUCACCCUCCUUUAACUUAUUCCUCCUUUAUGGUCUUAGCAUUCAAUGUACUCAUCAAUGCCACAAUUACGUCCGAUCUCAAGUAGGACAAUCAGCUGGUCACUGCUCUUAGCUUACCCUGUUACAGUCUAUGAUGAAUGUCCGCCCGCACCUCCCACGCACCCCCCUUCUGUCAAUCCCUACACAUUGGCUUCCCGUAAGAUCUAGGGCUAAUUUAAAAUUCUGGUUCUUGUUUACAAAUCUUCACAUAACGCUGCUCCAACCUAUCCUUCCUAAUACACAAUUAUGUCCCGUCUCUGCCGAAGACCUACGUUUGUCCUCUGUUCGUACUCCCACCUCUGAUGCUCUCCUUAAAGAUGUCUCUAGGGCUGCACCAUUCCUAUAGAACUCCCUUCGCUACUCUGUUAGAUUCUGACCCAGUCUCCAUUCCUUUGAAAAAAAAAUUUAAAAAAAUCACACUAUGCUAACCUGUUUUACCUUAUCUGUGACAUCUAGCAAUUAAGUAAACUUUUCUAGCAAACUACAUCUUAUAUAAACAGGAAAGAAAAUACAAUGCUGACUCCAAAGGAAGUAAAACUCUGUAAGAUGGAUAACCUAUAAAAUGAAAUACAAUAGGGAAGAACGCAAAGAAAAAACAGGUUGCACCAAAUAACAGAAUGUCUGUAAUUAAACAAUGAUAUAUAAUGAGUACUUUAGAAUAAUUAAUAGCUAUUUUGAUUGGUUUAUAAAUUAUAUAGUACAGUCCCACAUAAAGUCUUUAUGUUGGAGAUGAUUCUUGGAGAUGAGCAGUCUGAUCCUCACUGGUUCAGGUAAGUUCUGUGAUAUGUAAAGACAAUAAACACAUAGGAAGAAACCAAUUAAUCAAUAGUGGGAUUUUAUAUCAACCAUGGUAAAUUGAAAGAACAAUUGGAAAUGCACUCACAAGGAAGGAGCUAUUGUUUAGCUCCCAUAUAAAAGGCUUGUGGAAAUAUAAUCCUUACCAAGGAUAUAGGCGGAAGGAAGAGUCUGAUACCUUUCAAAAGUGAAGAUACAGUGGGUAUUAGCUCUUGUUGUGGACGUCUCACAUUAAAUAUAUUAAAACAGAGAAGCACCAAUAGUGUAAAUCAGUCUAAACACCUUGAUACAUUAUAUAAUAAUAGAAAUUCACUCACAAAGCAAGAGCUUCUAAUCAGCUCUUAGAACGGUACAAUCCCUGCUCACACUCUGUAAACGAUUCUUUUAGGUUCUAUGCAGGGUAGCAGAUACAGAGUACAAAGAGAGAAAUAAAGAGAAUAUAUUAAUAGCCACUUUGCAUAAUUGAAAGGAAAUGUACUUACAUAUAUAUGAAGUCAGCGUGAGUGGUAUAAUCCCCACCAGGGAUAUAGGAAACUACAUGGAGAAAGUGCAGCAGCAGAAACCUUCUGGAUUUGAGAAAUAUCAGGGUAAAUGCAGGACAAAAUAAAAACAAUUAGUUUUGAUGGUAAAAACAACUUUUAUUGGAAUUUACCAAACAAAGAGAUGAAUAAAUUAAAAUCAGUUAAAAACAAAAACCUUAUAUGGUAGCGCAACGCGUUUCGCCAACAGGCUUUUUCAAGCAGUGGAUUAACCAACUCAGAAAAUAAUAAAAGAACAAUAAACAGUAUCACAUGCACGUGUCAGAACCCAGACUGAGUUACAGACCAGUCAACGUGUAAUAUUUACCUGAUACGCUCCUUUAUACAUGGAACCUAACGUGUAAUAUGUACCCGAUACGCCCCUUUAUAUAUGGAACCUAACAUGUAAUAUGUACCCGAUACGCCCCUUAAUAAAUGGAACGUAACAUGUAAUAUUUACCCGAUACGAAAGAUUUAUUGUUUCUUUUCUGCCUGGUGUUCGGUAGAUUCAAUCUACCGAACAACCGCACGAAUGACUGUACCACCUGGGAGCUGGAGUGUGCCGGCAAUUAGCCUCCCUGAAGCUGCAGUUAACCGCAGCUUAAUUGAUGAAUGCUGGGUGGCCGCCAUUCGUAUCACGAACACGAGGUCGCGGCCAUUUUAAACAUACGAACGCACAGCGGUGUUCGAUGCCUAACUCAUGGAACUAAAAUUGGACACAGUUUGGCGCAAACACCUCAGAAGCUGCCGACCUCCCUUCUUGUUCGGCGGGAAUGCACGAACGGCCUGGUGUUCGGUAGUUUUACUUGAAAUGUUAUACCCCAGAUAGGAAUCCCAUGGAGCCCAUUCGUAUGAGAACUAACUGUGUAAAGACUUUGGCUCCAUGGCGAUUGAACUGUAUUCAUGUGGUCUGAGCGCCAUUCACUUAAUAAUGUGCACUCAAACCUGGACUAUCUGGGGAUAUGUUAAAUGUAUGCUUUUAAUGUUAUGUGUCUCACAUCGUGUAUUUUAAUAGUAAUUCUGUGUUAGUAUCCCCACAUGCAUAAUGGCAAUUUGCCUUUGUCUUGGGAGAUAAUUGAAUUACUUCUCAAUUAUCUCCAAGGCAGAGGGGAGGAAGCCAGGAUGCAUUGUGGGAAUAUAAUGUGACUGUGUGUCCUAUUUGUCUGCUUGUCUGUCCCUUGUCACAGUCUCCCAUUUGGUCCACCAGGUGGGAGACCUGCAUAAAUACUGGGCAGGUAGCCCUCAUUAAACAGACC